AGAUGGGUGUUAUCAAAUUUUUAUCGAAUCCAAUAUACAUCACAGUAAUGCAAGUGGGCUGAGUACGUUCCACAUAAUCAAUCGAAAAUCAUUUCAACGGCAGAUCAUCCAACAUCUCUUCACUGACCUUCACAUCGCGUCAAUAUGAAAUACACUAAAAUUCUGAUUUCUCUUCUCUCUAUAUCGCUGAUAGAUUGCAUUUAUGCUGCCGGCAAAGUUUCAAAAUCAUCUGUAGGAAACUCGGGAGUGAUUGUUGAAAGUGUAGAAGUGAGUAAUAAUUCGAGUCUCGAGGUGAAGUCCAAAGAACAUGUGGAGGCGAAACCCCCGCAUAAAGAUGUACUCCGGAAAGUUACAACUGAGGUUACAACGGAAAUCAGCAACAAAAUGCCGGAAGUCGGCAGAAUAAGGAACAUAACAGGAAUAGAUGAUGAUCCAAAUUACGCGAGAGGAACCUUCGGCGGUUACUAUUUCAUCGGAACUGAAAGAAGUAAGAACUAUUAUUUCCAUGGUAAAUACCAGAAACCAUCACUCCAUUAUUAUGGUAAUUACAACCAUACACUCGAAGAUAAAAGCACCUUGGGGUACUACUUAGGAUAUGGUAUGAGCAAAAUGGAUCACAACGAAUAUUUCAGACAUCACCAUUACACAGGCUUCAAAGUUCACCACUAUUUCUUCAAGAACAGCACGAUGUUAUCAGAGCAGUACGUCGGGUCAGACCACUUGGUACAGUGUGCUCGAAACACCUCAGUAUUAUGUCCGGAAAACACUGAACCAAUAUGCCUGCAGAAUACAACUGUAUGGUGUGCAUCGAAAAUAUCUUUAGUGAAACCCUGUGAAUUUGACGCAUCCUUAAAAUGUGUGACAACUAAAUUACCUUGUGUUAAAUCUGAUGAUCCGAAAUGCGAUAGACUGGUAGAAACUGUUAAGAUGCCCUGUAUAGCAAAAAUCAAGAUUUUAGAUCCUAUGGAGGACAAAAAUGGGUUGACCUUGAUAAGUAUAGCAGGUACCUUUGUUUUGGCACCUGCAGUUCCUAUUUUGGAUCGUACGUACUGUAUUGCAGUAGUUGCAGAACCGAGUAUCAAUUGAGGUCAGAAAUCUUAUGUAUGUGCUAUUCUCAAUACAAUUUUUAGGGUUU